AUGCCUUCUUGCACUCAAACGGCCUCUCAUCUACUAGAGACGGCGAUCUUCAAAAGGAGCACCUAUCGCCUCAGCUCAUCCGAGCGCGCACAGCUUUCAUAUGAGAGGGCAAAGGCCAUUGGGCUUGCGUUCCAUAUGACGCUCGAGGAUAUAUCCAUGUUGACGGAGAAAUUUUGGGACUGCCAUGCUGAUCCCAUAUUAGUCCACGACGGUGCCGCAACCACACUUCUCACGAUACAACUCAACUUGGUGACCGGGACGCUCGCUCAUUAUGUGCGGGAUAGGAACGAUCUACGGCCAUUGAUCGAUGACUUGCUGUCAUUCCGCAAGUUUGGCCAGUUUCUUCUGACCGAGCAAGGGCAUGGCCUGGAUGCCCAAAAUUUGGAGACCACGGCUACCUGGAUUCCCACUGGAGGGUUUUGCCUUCACACACCAUAUCCACGAGCUGCAAAGUACAUGCCACCCACCAUCCCCAUUGGAACCCCAUGCACUGGCAUCGUGUUUGCGCGCCUCGUUUUCAACGGAGAGUCUCACGGGAUCCGUUCGUUUAUCGUCGAAUUGAACGAUGGUACCCAAAUGUGCAGUGGAAUUACCGCAAGGCUCCUUCCGCCUCGUGGGGGCACGAAUCCAGUCAAUCAUUGCCUAACUUACUUCGAUUCCGUUCAGCUUCCUCAGAGUGCACUCCUUGGACCACUGGAACCAUCCCAGUCUCCGCAUAAAGAUUUCGCGCAGUCCAUCUGGAGAGUAGCUGUUGGAUCCAUUGCGCUGACUAGUAUCGCGCUCAGCGCAAUGGGGUUCUAUUGCCACAUUGGAGCUCUUUACAGUCUUCGCCGCACGGUAACUGUUUCAGACGGCAGCCGCAUCCCGAUACUCCAUUUUCGGACCCAGCAAAUCCCUAUCCUCACCGCGACGGCACAGUUUUACGUGCUGCAAGCGUUCUCCAGAUGGGCCACCGCCCUCUUUUCCUCCAGUGAUCUCGAUCCCCAGAUUCGCCGCGGCAUCGCGGCAUGCGUCAAAGCUGCCAUAGUGCAACGCUCGCUGGCUGCGGCCCUGUCGAUCUCGGAGCGCUGUGGAGCACAGGGCCUUUUCGAGAUGAACCAGAUGUCGGGCACACUUAGUGAGAUACGUGGGAUCGCCAUUGCAGAAGGGGAUAUACUGGCGCUGUCUAUACGACUGACGACCGAGUUGCUUCUUGGCCGCUACGAGCUGCCUCGUUCGACACACCCGGAUAGCCUGCUGGCCCGGCACGAGAUCGGCAUCUUCGAAGAGCAUCGCAGAUUUAUUGCCUCUGUGCCUGGACACAGAAGCCAGGAAGUGAAUCGUCGCGUAUUGCCCCACUGCCAAGCCAUAGUAGAGGCUAUCGGACAUCGGAUGGCGUACGACGCUGCGGUGGCGAGCGGGGUCGAGCCUUGUUUGGUCGAUCUCUACGUUGCGAGCGUCAUCAAACUUGAUCCAGCAUGGUAUGUAGAGCACGCAGGAUUGGGGCGCGGUACGCAGGCCGAGAUGGAGAGCGUGGCUUUGGAUGCUGUUCUCCCUCGGCUUUCAUCGCUGGUUGGCCGACUUCACAACGAACCACACCUUACCGCACCCAUUGUCUCCGAUGCGGCUUGGGACGGAUUUGUCGCUGAGCUGGAACUGUUUGGAAGAGGGGGGUCGGAUAUGAGGAUGGACACGCAUCCUCAGCCUCGUUUGUGA